AUGCUGGGAGCGGCGCCGGCGUAUGCAGACAAGAUUGACGAUGCCGCCAAGGUGCUGUCGGAAAAGUCCUAUCCGUUCCUGCAGGAAAUUGACUGGACCUCCGACGUUUAUGCCAAGCUCCCCACGCAGAAUGCUUUGGAUGUGCUCAAGGCCAUCAACACCAUGCUGAAGAUGGGUGCUUCAAUGGACCCAGCUGCUUUGAAGACGGGUGUUUUGGCACACAGCCAGGCCAUUGCCAACAUGGAUUCGAAGGGCGUGGCGACGCUUGCGGACUACACGGCUAUCAAUGCCGCGAUUGGACACAUGAUUUCCUCCGUGCCGGCUUCGCAGACCAUGGACGUCUACAAUGCCUUCAACAAGUUCAAUUUGGGCAGUGAUGUGGGCCCUUACAUGAUGUCGAAGGUAAACGCAGCAGAUGCCAAGGCAGCUUACCAGGCACUGAUGGAUUUCAAGGAUGUGGUGAAGGCCUCUCAACGCUGA